AUGCAUUUGUAUCACUACACUGGCAGAAAAAGAGAAUUCAUUUCAGAAGACGUGGAAGAGUUAUGUGUAUAUCAUUUCGUUCAGAUUCCUAAUGAAGCGUAUUACAUGUUCGAACAACUCAGACGCGUCAACUUUCAUGGAUCCGCACUCAAGGUGAUUGGAAUGCGUGCCUUCUAUAAAUGUAUAAAUUUGUUGGAAAUCGAUGUUCUUCCCUCUGUGACGACUAUCGGAGAUGGAGCCUUUGAAGAAUGCUGGUCAUUGACAAAAGUUUGUUUUCAUGAAAAUGGUGUAUUGGCUACCAUUGGAGAUUCAGCCUUUGCCGGUUGCUCGUCAUUGGCUGAAGUCAGCAUUCCCUCCAGUGUGGAGAUCAUUGGCGCUGUUGCCUUUAUUAAUUGCAGAUCCUUGGCAAGAGUAUCUUUUCAGGAGGGACUGCAAAUAAUCGAUGAGCGUGCUUUUACAGGCUGCUUCAAAUUGGAAAAAGUGGACAUUCCAAGAACUCUUGAAAUAUUGCGCAGCGAUGCCUUUUAUAAAUGCACUUCGUUGCAGGAAGUAAAUAUUGAGGAAGGAAACUUGAAAGAGAUUGGAAAGCGGGCCUUUAUGCGAUGUUUCAACUUGCAAACAAUCAACAUUCCUUCUACUGUUGAGCGUAUUGAAUCCUGCACAUUCAGCUUCUGCACUUCUUUGGGGGUCAUGAAGUUUCAUCAUGGCCUUCAAUUUGUGGGAAGUGAAGCCUUCUACUCAUGCGAGAAUUUGCAGGCAGUUGCAUUACCGAAAUCGGUAGAAGUGCUUCAAAGUUGGGCUUUUGGAGAAUGUCUCAAUUUGGUGUCCGUGGAAUUCGAGGAUCACCCUACAGGCCUGAGGAUAGAAGACAGUGCUUUUUCGGAAUGCGUGUCUUUAGUAAAUAUUUCCCUUCGCUCUGAGUCCCGAUCAUCCCGAUCAAGUCCUGAUGACGUCCACUCCGGUGGUGUUGGCAUCAACAGCUUUUCCGGCUGCACUGCGCUGCGAAAACAAUAUGGUUAUUCCUGGAAUUGCGCGGCCAUCCCGCAUGCUCUUGUGCGUCGUUUUGACAACUUUCCGAUACACAAGAAAUGUUACCACGCUUCUGUUACAACAGCACGUGAGCUGGCUCUGGAGAUUGAGUCAUCCAUGCCAUCCUCAGAAGAUGAUCCAAGCGAUGUUUUGGUAGAUCCUUUCGGUAUGACACCCUUUCACACUCUUCUAUCGGCUGCGAACUGCAGACGUGAUCUUUUGAAACUCCUACUAGAUGCGUAUCCAGCAAAUGUCCUUGGGUGGAAAGACAUGAACGGAAAAACCGCCAUCGAAUACUUGAACCAACGAAGCUAUCUGAAUGAAGACGAACGAACCAUGCUUCGAAUGGCCCUUCAUCGAUGGUUGGUGGGUUCUCUAUCAAGUUGGAACGCAUUGGAAUCAGGGAACGUGGCCAUGUCAAAUACGGUGAAUGCGAUUGUUGCUGAGGAUGACGUGGAACAACGACAAUCUUUGCUUCAAAAGGCGACGAUGGCUCUUUUGCGGUACGAACAGAUGGAAGCCACAACGCUUUUGGAGCUUUCUUUGUGGAAAGUGGAGAUGAAAAUUGCAACUGCUGCUUUAGCAGAUGAUGCACUGAGGAUUGCAGUAAGAAAGGAUGACCGAGAUACAUUCCGGAUUCGAAGUGGUGCUUCAGUUGCCAUUCCGCAUGUGAUUGCAUUCCUUCAUUAA